GCUGAGAAGGUGACCAACUUACUGCAGCUACCGCAGUUCUUUGACCUGGAAAUCUACACCACUGGUCGAUUGGAAAAGCACUUGGAGUCGUUGCUGCGUCAGAUCAGGGAGGUGGUGGAGAAGCACACAGAGACUGACGUGCUGGAGGCGUGCUCCAUGACCUACCACGCUCUCUGCAACGAGGAGUUCACCAUCUUCAACAGGGUGGACAUCGCCAGGUCCCAGCUACUGGACGAGUUGGUGGACAAGUUCAACAGACUCCUGGAGGACUUCCUGCUGGAGGGUGAGGAACCAGAUGAGGAUGAUGCCUACCAGGUCCUGUCCACACUAAAGAGGAUCACUGCGUUCCACAAUGCACAUGACCUCUCUAAAUGGGACCUGUUCACCAGCAACUAUAAGCUACUAAACACAGGACUUCAGAAUGGAGAUAUGCCUGAGCAGAUUGUAAUUCAUGCGAUGCAGUGCACACACUACAUCAUUCUGUGGCACCUAGCCAAGGUCUCAGAGGGCAGCUCCACAAAGGGGAACAUGGUCACCCUGAGGAAGCAGAUGAGGGCCUUCUGUCUGAUGUGUCAACGCUACCUCACCAGUGUCAACACCACUGUCAAAGAGCAGGCCUUCACCAUCCUGUGUGACGCCCUGAUGAUCUUCAGCCACCAGAUCGUGUCGUCGGGCCGGGAGCAGCUGGAGGCUCUGAUCUACACGCCAGACUCCCCCCUACAGGCCGAGCUGCUCAACUUCAUCCUGGACCACGUCUUUAUCGACCAGGACGAUGACAACAACAGCACAGAUGGGCAGCAAGAUGAUGAAGCCAGUAAAAUCGAGGCUUUACACAAGAGACGUAACCUGCUGGCAGCAUACUGCAAACUGAUAAUUUACAAUGUAGUGGAGAUGAACACUGGAGCUGAUAUCUUCAAGCAGUACAUGAGGUACUACAAUGACUAUGGAGAUAUCAUCAAGGAAACYAUGAGUAAAACAAGACAAAUUGACAAGAUCCAGUGUGCCAAGACCCUUAUUCUGAGUUUGCAGCAGCUUUUCAAUGAGAUGUUAUCUGACCUCGGCUGCAACUUUGACCGCUCGUCGUCGUCCUUCUGCGGCAUUAAAGAACUGGCCCGACGUUUCUCGUUGACCUUUGGCCUGGAUCAGCUGAAGACCAGAGAGGCUAUCGCCAUGUUACACAACUGA